UAUUCCACGUUACUCCAAGAUCAGAAAGAACAUCGUUCAUUUCAUUUCACCAUUCAUCGUUUCCAGAACUUCACUUCACUACACCCGCUCAAACCCAAAACCCCCAAAUGCUUCCAUAACCACCUUCACCAUGCCGUCAACCACCACCUUAAUCCUCAUAACACUGGUGGUGCUGAUCACCACCACCUCCACAACCACCGCAACACCAAUAAUCGGCCUCGACUCCCACCUAACAACCCAAUCCCACACCGAUCCCUCCGCCACAACCGACACCUUCACCACUCUCCCCUCCCAAAUCAAAACCUCUCUCUCCUCUCUCCCACUUUCUCUCUCCCUCUCUCUCCCAUCUCUCCCAAUCUCCCUCACAAUCCACCUCAUCGGAACCUUCCCCGUCAACACUCCCUCUCUCCUCUCCUCCUUCCUCUCUCAAUCUCCCUCCUCCUUCUCCCUCAUCUCUCCCUCUCUCUCCCUCUCCCACACUCUCUCUCUCCCCCACACCCUCCACGUCACCACUCUCUCUCAACCAACCCUAACUCAAACCCUCACCCAAACCCUAACUAACCUCCACGUCACCACCCCUACCUCCCUCCGAACCUCACUCCUCUCCUUCCCCUACUCCUCCAUCGACAAAAUCAUACAAAACCACUUCAACACUCUCUCUCCCGAACCUAACGGUUUUCAUCUUUACCUUAUUAACCUCCCCGAACCUAAAAUCGAUCCUAUCACAAAAACUGUUAAACCUUAUGCUUACUCAUACACCUCCACUUCAUCUGAUAAUUCCUCACCAGGCUUCACAAACUGUCUUGGAACUUUCUGGAAUUCAGAAAAUCGUUAUUUCUGGAUUGAUUUGUCCGCCGGACCGGUCGAUUACGGUCCGGCGAUAUCCGGUGAUGGAUUAAUUCCGCGAGGGGAGUUUCAUCCCUUCGCGACAUUGAACGGUCGGCCGAAGGGAGAUCGUUCAAUCUCGGCUGAUCUCGCGUCGAUUGUGAUGAGUUCUUAUCAGACAUUUUUAGCUCCUAGUUUGAGGAUUCCUGUAGGUUUUGAUGAGAAGCUUGUGGUGCAAUUUGUUCAUGUUUAUGGUGGGGAUGAAAAGGAGAAGGAUUUGGAUUGGAAACUGAUUGAGAAAAGGUUUAGGGAUGGUAAUGUUUUGUUUAGGGAUCAGAAAUUGGAAUUUAGGGUUUAUGAGGUGAAGUAUGAUGAGUGUUCUAUUUGUUCGUUUGCGGUUUCUAAGUCGAUUAAUUCGUAUACGUCGAGGUUUUUGUUUGAUAAUUAUACUUUGAUUGUGAGUGAGUAUUUGGAUUCUAAGAGGUUGCAUCAGAUUUUGUCUGAUAAUGGGGAUGAGAUGAGGAAGAUUGCGGGGAUACCUGAAGAGGAGGAUUUCGGUAGAGUUGUACCCGUUUAUGUUUUUGAUUUGGAUUAUACGUCGUUGUUGAUGUUGGAUCGGUAUCAUCAGAGUGUUGCUUUUAAGGAUAUGGUGAUUGCGGUUAGGACAAGGAAUACGCAGACGGUGAGUGAUUAUAGUUGUAAUGGACGGCAUGUUUUUGUGCAUACAAGGGAGCUUGAGAGGCCGAUUGUUGGAUCGGUUUUGCAGAGUAUGUGGGGGGUUUCGCCGACGCAUUUGAAUUGGAGUCCUUUGCAUAAUAGUACUUUGGUUGAUUAUACUUGGAGUAUGGGGCAGACUCCGUUUGGCCCGUUCUCGCAGAUUUCGUCGUUGUCUUUUGUACAGAAGGAUGCUGCUAAGAGGAAUGUUCUGUUGACGUCGUUGAAUUAUAGUGUUUCGAGUGCUCAUGAUGUUUUGCAGUCUCUGGAGACGCACGGUGGGGAUAGGAAUCUGCUCAAGCCGAAGCAACACGCUGAGUUUGUUCAGAGAUGGAACCUUUUCAAGUACAAGCUGAACAAGGCGGUGUCUGCAUUGUCUCAUUUGGAUUAUGAGAUGGCUUUGUUUUACUUGAGGUCUUCUGAUCACGAUCUGUAUGCCAUUCACUCCAUUGUGUAUCAUGCAUCGCAAGAAAUUGAAGCGUCACUCACAUGCUUUAAGGAUCCUCCCUUUCCAUGGUUUUCAGUCUCAACUUCUGCCGUGGCUUUCAUUGCUAUUUCUUAUGUUUAUGCAAAGCGAGAUAAACUUUUCAGGAAUAAAAGGAAGCAAUUUUGACGUUCUUUCUUAUGUUUAUGCAAAGCGGGACAGAUGUUUGUAUGAGUUUAAGAAAGCAGAACAUGUGUAUGAUUAUACAAGAGAAUUCAUGAGUGGUUGAACUCAAUGCUUUGGCAUUUUCAUGAAGAAGGCCUGUAGCCUUACUUUUGCACCUCUAAGUUUCAAGUGUUAGAAAGAUGCACUACUAGGUUUAUGUGCCAAAGGUGGAAACAUACAAACAUUUUCUUUCUUCUGAAUUCCUAUUUUGCAGUGAGUAAUGUUUAUUGUAUGAUUGCAUCUGUUAAAACAUGUUAACCUGGAUACCAUGUAUGGCAGCACCUUUUCUCCCUGACCUUGAAAAUUACUACACAAGUUGAUCUUCAAUUAUUCUUGUUGGUUUUUAUUGGUGGAAACAUUGAAUACUGCUCAAUUGUAAUGAAAAACAGCUUAUUAUUUA